GUGGAUCCUUGCGCCAGCAACCCUUGUCACCAUGGCAACUGCAGCAGCAGCAGCAGCAGUGAUGGCUACCUCUGCAUUUGCAAUGAAGGCUAUGAAGGUCCAAACUGUGAACAGGCACUUCCCAUCCUCCCAGCCUCUGGCUGGACCGAGUCCAUGGCACCCAGACAGCUUCAGCCUGUCCCCGCUACCCAGGAGCCUGACAUAAUCCUGCCCCGCUCUCAGGCAACCGUGACCCUGCCGACAUGGCAGCCGAAAACAGGGCAGAAAGUUGUAGAAAUGAAAUGGGAUCAAGUGGAGGUGUUCCCAGAUAUUGCCUGUGGGAACGCCAGUUCCAACAGCUCUGCGGGCGGCCGCCUGGUAUCCUUUGAAGUGCCGCAGAACGCCUCAGUCAAAAUUCGGCAGGAUGCCGCUGCUUCUCUGAUUUUGCUGUGGAAGGUCACGGCCACGGGAUUUCAACAGUGCUCCCUCAUAGAUGGACGGAGUGUGACCCUCCUCCAGGCUCCUGGGGGCCUGGUCCUCUUGGAAGAGAUGCUUGCCUUGGGGAGCAAUCACUUCAUCGGUUUUGUGAAUGAUUCUGUUACUAAAUCCAUCGUGGCUUUGCGCUUAACCCUGGUGGUGAAGGCCAGCACCUGUGUGCCGGGGGAGGGCCACACGAAUGACUUAGAGUGUUCUGGAAAAGGAAAAUGCACCACGAAGCCAUCAGAGGCAACUUUUUCCUGUAACUGUGAUGAUCAGUACAUGGGUACUUUCUGUGAAGAAUUUGACGCCUGCCAGAGGAAACCUUGCCAGAACAACGCCAGCUGUGUCGAUGCAAAUGAAAAGCAAGAUGGGAGCAAUUUCACCUGUGUCUGCCUUGAUGGUUAUACUGGAGAGCUUUGCCAAUCCAAGAUUGAUUAUUGUAUCCUAGACCCGUGCAGAAAUGGAGCAACGUGCAUUUCUAAUCUUAGUGGAUUUACUUGCCAGUGUCCAGAAGGAUACUUCGGACCUGCCUGCGAAGAGAAGGUGGACCCGUGCGCCUCGUCCCCGUGCCAGAACAACGGCACCUGCUACGCGGACGGCGUGCGCUUCAGCUGCAGCUGUGGCGCGGGCUUCACGGGCCCCGCCUGCGCCCAGCUGGUCGACUUCUGCGCCCUGAGCCCCUGCGCGCACGGCACCUGCCGCAGCGUGGGCACCAGCUACAAAUGCCUCUGUGACCCAGGUUACCACGGCCUCUACUGUGAGGAGGAAUACAAUGAGUGCCUCUCUGCCCCGUGCCUGAACGCUGCCACCUGCAGGGACCUCGUUAAUGGCUAUGAGUGCGUGUGCCUGGCAGAAUACAAAGGAAUACACUGUGAAUCCUACAAGGACCCCUGUGCUAACGUCAGCUGUCUGAAUGGAGGCACUUGCGACAGCGAAGGCCUCAACGGCACCUGUGUCUGCGUGCCAGGGUUUACAGGUGAAGAGUGUGACAUUGACAUCAAUGAGUGUGACAGUAACCCCUGCCAUCAUGCCGGCACCUGCCUGGACCAACCCAAUGGGUAUACCUGCCACUGCCCACACGGCUGGGUGGGAGCGAACUGUGAAAUCCACCUCCAGUGGAAGUCCGGGCACAUGGCGGAGAGUCUCACCAACAUGCCCCGGCACUCCCUGUACAUCAUCAUUGGGGCCCUCUGUGUCGCCUUCAUCCUGAUGCUGAUCAUUCUGAUUGUGGGGAUUUGCCGCAUCAGCCGCAUCGAGUACCAGGGCUCUUCCAGGCCGGCCUAUGAGGAGUUCUACAACUGCCGCAGCAUCGACAGCGAGUUCAGCAACGCUAUCGCUUCCAUCCGGCAUGCCAGGUUUGGAAAGAAAUCCCGGCCUGCGAUGUAUGACGUGACCCCUAUCGCCUAUGAGGAUUACAGCCCUGACGACAAACCCUUGGUCACACUGAUUAAAACAAAAGAUUUGUAAUCUUUUUUUUGGAUUAUUUUUCAAAAAGAUGGGAUAUUCCACUCAUUGAAAUAUUUUUAAGAAAAUAAAAGGCUUAAGAAAUUUAAAAUGUUAGCUGCUCGAGAGUUUUCGGUAGAAUAUUUAAGAACUAAUUUUCUGCAGCUUUUAGUUUGGAAAAAAAAUAUUUUAAAAAUGGAAUUUGUGAAAUCCGUAGACUACGUUUUAAUGUACUCUCAGCUCUCUAAACUGUACGCUUCGACUAGCGUGUGCUGUUUUCAUGAUAGACACUAUCACGAAACCCAGAUUAAUUUCUGCGGUUGUUACAGAAUAAAUCUAAACGAGGAGAAGUUUCUCUUUGAUGUGUGAGUGCUGGCUUUCUGAGUAGAGUUAGGAAACACAUGUAGAGUAUGACACAUAAUACAGUAUACCCGUUACUUAAAAAGAAGUCUGAAAUGUUUGUUUUGUGAAAAAGAAACUAGUUACAUUUGUUAUUCCUAACCCGAAUGAAAUUAACCUUUGCCUUAUUCUGUGCAUGGGUAAGUAACUUAUUUCUGCCCUGUUCUGUUGAACCUUGCGUAAACAUUCUUUUGAGUUUGUUUUUGUCCUUUUCGUAACAGUUGUCAAACUGGGCCUUGAAAACAUACAUAUUGAAGGGGCCUAGGGAGACAAAUUAUGAUCGAACUGAAUCUAUAUUUUCCUUAAAAAGUCAAGGUUUUUAUACUGUGAGUAAAUUAAAUUUCUGUUGGAGUUGUUUGUUGCUAAGAGGUAGUAAAGGUACUCGAGUACUGGUUCUUUCGGUAGUGAGUAUUUCUCAUAGUGCGUUUUUAUUUAUACCCAGGAUAUUUUUGUGGCUGUGUUUGAUUGAUAUGUGCUUCUUCUGAUUCUUGCUAAUUUCAAAGAACAUUGAAUAAAUGUUACCAAGUCAAGGA